UGUGCCUUGCUCGGUUUAACUCGAGCGCAUCCAGGGCUGUUUCUAUCUUUAAACAUUGGCUUAAACCUUGGAAGCCUGCCCGACCGUUCCUCCCACACGUAUUGAUCCAUCCAAUCCCCAACCCAACCCAGAAUUGCGAAUGCGGAAUAUUUCUUCCAGGGCAUCACAUCACUUCCACAUCCAUCCCACAUACCACAACCGCUAUACUACCAAGACCACGGCUACGGCUGUGCUCAGUAUGAAUCACACGCGUCUGCCUAGUAUAUUCCAAAUGAAUUUGUCCAUUUUCAUCAAUUGUCUGUCCUAUCAAGGCUGCGAAUAGCCCCAACAGUCCGAAUAGUUGGCCUACUUAUACCACUGUCUUGUACCUGAUAUACAGUACUCAUACCGUAAUCGUUUGUGUUUCUUAUGCCUGCCCUGAUUUUCGUAACGCAGCAGAUGCUGUGAUUACCGAUUCGCGAAUUCUGCGGUCAUCAUUUGCCCCCCUAAAUAUUGCUGGAUGGUCUAUCCCUCCAUUCUAUCCAUUUAUCAUCUAUCAACCGAUCUUAUUCAGUAAUAAUAUUUGCGCUCAUAUUCCCGAUAAAAGAGGGCUAUUACGUUUUUUUCGUUUAACGUGCUAUCAUCUCGCCCAUGCUGGAUGCGUCUAACUUCCGAGUCGUUUUUCGUCGUUUUUCGCCCGGCUGUAUCGUGUGAAUUUGUAAGGAGAGAUGGCGAGCGUUAAAGUCGAACCCAGCGAACCAACCGCUGCCCCUUCACCUUCUAAAGAGACACCUCAUCCUCAUCCACAACCGCAACCACAGCCGCAACCGAAAGCGCAACCUCAGGCACAAUCCAGGCCACAGGCGCAAUCACAUUCAUCCUCCCAAUCACAGCCGAAGUCAUCGGGAGCAAGUGUGAAGGAUUUUUACGGCUAUCUUUUUCAUAAGGACAAAUCGCAAACUUACGUUCUUGAUGCGCUACUUCGCGCCAUCGGACUAUACAUUUCCGCCAAUAUCGGCGAUGAGAAUGUCACGGAACUAACUCCGAGCAAGCUAGCGGCCUUUUAUCGUGCCGUCGGCGGCGAUUACGACCAACUCUUCGUACACUGUCCUCAUAAAUCUAUCUCUUAUAUCUGGCAAGCGCUAGGAGUUGAGCAUACGCUACAACCGACCGAGAAUCCCUACGACCCGCCGUCCAUUCCCGCGUUAACGCUAAGAGGCUUUGUACGGUGGGAAACAAUUCAGAUUCUUCUUGAACCUCAAGAGCACGCGCCGUUUAUACAAUUCGCCGUGCGUAACUGGGCUUUAGUAAAUCCUGAUAAUGGAAAGCCCUUCCCACCUGAUCUGCCAAGAGACGCCUUUCCAACUCAAUGCGAUCCGGAGAUAGACGCCUGGCAUAAAGAUUGCGCUAAGAAGUUGCGAGAAGAAGUUACUCCUAAAGAUGAACAUCCGCCUUCCCGGCCUCCGUCCGAUCCGCGGAUUAACAGCACAUAUGCGCAUGUACGCAACCCGCCGAGUACGGGCACGUCGCCUCGGCGCAGACCGGAGAUGGAUUACUUCCAACGAGAACGGCCAGUGUCGUUUGCCCAUGUGCCAAGCAGCCACUACGCCGCUCCCUCGUUUACUGUGAACUACGCGCCAGGACAAAGACGGGUGAGCAGAAGCAAUAGCAGCAGUGGUUCGCCGGGUAGUCCUCCUCGGCGACGAAGUCAUUCAGAUGUGCACCAUUCCGAGAUGGAGGACCCUCUGACUCCGAGCCAUCUUGAUCCCCGCCGUCCACCCGGUCCGCGCCGUCAGGGUCGUUCGAAACCCUAUUCUGCUGACCCAUCGGACUCCGAAUCGGAUAUACCGCCUCACCAUAGCUCUAAAUCACGAGUGCAUGGUCCCAUCCCGCCUUCAUCAUUUCGGCGUAUGCCAGUUGCGACUCCCGUGACACCGCCAAUCCCAGUACGGGUCCGCCGUAGCGAAGUACGGCCUGAUGAUGUUCGUAGGAGGAGCUUGCCUGCGGAGAUAAGACAGAAGGUUACUUCAUUUCUUUCGGGGUCAUCUGACCGCCACCGCAGCAACUCUCGUGAAAAGCGACAUCCACCAAGCGUACAACCGGGAGUGCACUUACGGAGAGAGAAUUCUUCGCGCCUCAACCGAAGUGGGUCUGGAGAAUCGUAUCCUAGUGAUGAAUCGGACACAGGAAUACCGCCAGGAUAUCCUUCGCGACGCGAUCGCGAGCGUGAACGUGAACGAGUAAUACGAGACAGGGUCAUCGAAAAGGAACAGCGCCGGAGAGAACGUGAGAGGGAGGAAGAGCUGGAGAGAAAGAGCCGACAAGAACGAGCGUAUUUGCGGCCAGCAGCACCAAGAAGAUCUAGCAGCCAUACGGAUAUCGACCGAAGAACUAGAGACUACGGCUGGGAUCGUCGGGAUAGGGAUCGGUCCUCGGACCUAGAUCGGGAUGGGAGGAGAGUUCUGACAGCCGACGAGAGGGAGACACGAGACCGACGGCGGUAUAAGGACCGAGGCUAUAGCCCUGCGGUAACCGGUGUCGGCGGAAGGAGAUACCCCCCGGAACCAGGCUGGAAGUGAUGACGGGUAUAGUCAUCUAAAACAUGAUACGGAGUUCUGGACUUUUGGUAUAAUUUGACUCAAGUGUCGACUUGAGGCUUUAUAUGUGGUACGUGUUCGAACGAACGGGUGAUAUUUUGAAUUACGACAACUGGACUGUGUACGAGGCAGCAAUGUUAGGGUUAGAAAAGGAAUGGAUAUGGGGCAACGGUUUAAAUCUCGCGAUCUUAGAUACCUGGCUGUCAUUUUACUUCUAGUUCAAGAAUCUUUUGACUAUUUGAGGCGUUUGGCCACAGGUCAAACCAGUAUAGAUAUCUGUUAGUGGCAUCAUCACACCACUCACUCUAUGAACUACAAUUAGAAAUCCUGGCAUCGGCAUUCGCAAUCAAAGCUAUUUCACAAGC